AUCUUACCGGGAGAGGCAACACAGACGGUGCCAGCACCGUCAAUAGUUCUAUCUGAGCCUUUCCUCGCGGGCCCGGAGGACCCGAACACCUGGGCAACUGUGAGGGUGCAGGGCGCGCGGAGGGGCACGCGGGGGGCGAAGGGUGUAGCCGAAUACAGCCCGGUACGUCGUCGCAGCUUUAAAUUGGUAAGGUCGUGGAGCCGGACGCCCCUUUCCAUCCUUCGAUGGGAUUUACCUCCUCUUCCGGCGUCGUUAUCUCCGAGAGGAAGAAGAUGCGAGCCAGCCCCAUCCGCAUCCCGACUGUCAGCAAUGACACCGACUGGGACUUCUGCUUCCAUCUAAUACCCAAGCAAAUAAAGCUGAUUCGCUGUGUCAUCCUUUCUCGGAUUAUUUUUGGGGAAGAACCCUGGAAAUGUGCACAGGCUUUGGCCACCCUGGCUUAUGGCUACCUGACCCUGACAGGCCUCCCACCUCAGGCCAAGAAACAUGCUGAGUCCGCCAAGAACACACCGCUGACCUGGAAGGGAAACACGACCUCAGACGAGGAGAAAAAGGAAAUCCUGGAGACGCUGGUCAUGCUCUACUACACUCUGGGGGUGGCCUGGCUCCUACAGAACUGUGGCAGAGAGGCUUAUUUCAACCUGCAGGAGUCAGAGAGAAACAUGAAGGAGCUGAAAAAAUAUAAGGGAGGUGCUUGUGGAUUACAGGUCUCAGAGAAAGACCUAACAAUUGCUUUGGGCAGAGCCUCCUUGGCCAACCGCAGGUUAAACCUAGCUCUGGCAUACUUUGAAAAGGCAAUUGACAAUGUUAUUGCUGCUAAGGGUGAUAGGACAUCAGAUCUGGUUGGUCUUUAUGAGGAAAUUGCUCAGAUCGAGCGGCCGAGGAGGAACCAUGACCAGGCCGUCCAGUACUUGCAGCAGAUGCUGUUGAGAUAUAUUUUAUAAAAAGCAUCACUGCAUAUCAAACAACAUUGGGCCCAGAGGAUUAUGAAACACUGACGACCAUUGAAGAAUUUUGCAAAUGGCUUGUGCAAAAUGGGGAAAAACAGUUUUUCUGAAGGUUUGAAAAGCUCAUGGAAUACAACCAGCGUGCUCCUUCAGAAUUACCAGUGUCUGAUGAUUCAAAUCCUCAUAUAUGGACAUGAGCACUGUAAAAGCAGAGACACAAAAAACCUCCUUACCCUAAUGCAGAGGAUGGGGAUGAGAAUAGUACCUAUCUCUUGGUGAUGCUGCAAAAAUGAGAUAAGGUACCUGAAAUAAGGUUUAUCUGGAGACAUGGUGAUCUGUAGGACCUCACUUGUCAUAUCCAAUUCGGAAAAUGCUUCACGGAGUCCCUCUGACUGCAGAAUAAUUUUAUUAAUGACAUUGGUGCUGCAGAAAUCGAAAUCCAGAGUCUCCUCGGGCUCCUGAGUAUUGAUUUUACAGACUGUCACCACUCCUCCUUCUUCCAGAAAUAGCAUCAAAGGGUAACCGUAACCUUGGUAACACAUCCUAAGUGCAGUUAAAGUCCCUGCAAUGGAAGCAGAUCAUACUCGGGGCUUAGCUUAUAGCUCUGGGUUCAGCUUCUCCUCACAUGAUGCCUAAAACUCCUCAAGAAUAUUUUAUCCUGUCCAUUUCUAGCAUAUAUGUAUGUAUAUCCUUAUAAGAAGGGAUCACAUCUUCCCUGAUGAUAGCUGUCUGUAGACAAUUCCAAAAAUAACUGUAAAAAAUU